GGCGGCAGACGCAUUUCCUACGCAAAUUAUUCAAUAUUCCGCGGCCAGCCUACCUUGCGUUGCCUCCCUCUUUCCUUGGCUACGCAUCCGUCAAACCCUUGCUCCGAGUUUCUCCGCUGAUCAAUCCCAAUUUGCGAAUAACGAUUCGCUCUCCUCCUUGCCAUCGAUCGUCAGCCUCUGCAUAUCAUCAAAGGUAGUAUCACACCUUUGCUAUGAUCUAGGGAUUCUGUAUACUUCGCAGAAUCAAAUUUAUGAGAUUAAAGCCGCCGUAGCGGAAGAAAACUACGCAGAGGAGAUGUACAGCAAUUUCAAGGAGCAAGCGAUUGAGUACGUGAAACAGGCUGUCCAGGCGGAUAAUGCCGGGAACUAUGUCAAGGCCUUUCCCCUGUACAUGAAUGCCCUCGAGUACUUCAAGACGCACCUCAAGUACGAGAAGAACCCUAAGAUUAAGGAGGCGAUCACCCAGAAGUUCACUGAGUAUCUCCGCCGCGCUGAGGAGAUCCGCGCCGUCCUGGAUGAGGGGGGCUCUGGUCUGGCUUCCAACGGGGACGCGGCGGUGGCCACGAAAGCCAAGACAAAGCCUAAGGAGGGAGAUGAUGGAGGGGAGGAUCCUGAGCAGGCUAAGCUCAGGUCUGGGCUUACUUCUGCAAUCAUAAGGGAAAAACCGAACAUUAAGUGGAAUGAUGUUGCUGGCCUCGAAAGUGCUAAACAGGCAUUGCAGGAAGCUGUCAUAUUACCCGUCAAGUUUCCUCAGUUCUUCACAGGGAAGAGAAGGCCAUGGAGGGCAUUUCUUUUGUAUGGUCCACCUGGAACAGGAAAAUCAUACUUGGCCAAAGCGGUUGCCACAGAAGCAGAGUCAACUUUCUUCAGUAUAUCUUCAUCAGACCUGGUUUCAAAGUGGAUGGGUGAAAGUGAAAAGCUUGUUUCAAAUCUUUUUCAAAUGGCUCGUGAAAAUGCUCCGUCCAUCAUCUUCAUUGAUGAAAUUGAUUCAUUGGCUGGUCAGCGUGGAGAAGGUAAUGAAAGCGAAGCUUCUCGAAGGAUAAAAACAGAACUACUUGUGCAAAUGCAGGGUGUUGGUAAUGAUGACCAAAAAGUUCUCAUUCUUGCUGCUACAAAUACACCAUAUGCACUUGAUCAGGCUGUUCGACGUCGUUUUGACAAGCGGAUCUAUAUUCCUCUUCCAGACCUGAAGGCUAGGCAGCAUAUGUUCAAGGUACAUCUGGGAGAUACUCCUCACAGUUUGACUGAAAGUGAUUUUGAGAGCUUGGCUCGCAGGACAGAAGGUUUUUCAGGCUCAGAUAUUUCUGUUUGUGUCAAGGAUGUUCUCUUUGAACCUGUCAGAAAAACGCAGGAUGCAAUGUUCUUUAUUAAGACUCCUGAUGGAAUGUGGAUCCCAUGUGGGCCUAAAACAUCUGGAGCUGUGCAGACCACAAUGCAGGAACUUGCUGCAAAAGGCCUUGCUGCAAAGAUUCUUCCACCACCUAUUUCAAGGACUGAUUUUGAUAAGGUGCUUGCGAGGCAGCGGCCAACUGUCAGCAAAGCUGAUCUUGAGUUGCAUGAGAGAUUUACCAAGGAGUUUGGAGAGGAGGGCUAAUUGGAUUUGGUGAGAAAUUCAUCAUGCCAUGACCAAUGAUUUAAUUGUAUAUUGCGCCUUUUUUUCUAAGGGAUAAAAGAAAAAGGGAAAAUCAUGUAAGUGCUUCUUGCCAGAUUGAAUACCUGAGGGGAAACACUGAAACUCGCGUGAGUGCUCAUAGUGAUCGUAAUCUGUAUUUAAUUGAGGUGAUUAUAUAGCAUGAAAUUUAUGACUUCAGAAGCCUAUUUUAAAACCGGAUUGUUCUUGUCCCAUCUUAAAUCUUGAUUAUAGCUAUCCAUUCCGUUCUUCAGGUUUAUUGGCCGUUUAUCCUGUAAGACAAUUUUGUCCAUGCAGUAGACCUUAUGAUGCGGCACUGUUAUUAUGGACUAGUUGGUUUUCUAAAUGGACAUGUUGCAGUUACCGAAUAUGAUUGAAGCUGAGUUAUAACUCAAA